AUGGUCCACGUACGUAUAUCCGAGCCGCCGCGGCUGACGGCGACGACAAGUUUAACAAGCGCAAGUCGAGUAUAUAUUGCUGGCCUCCAUGGCCAAAGACUCAAGUCGAAAUUCCAUCCUCAUGCCCCCGCCCCUCCCCUCCCCCAGGAGUUUCAACAGCCGCCCAAGAUGAAGGCAGCCGUCAUGCUCGCCGCCGCGGCCUUUGUGCGCCUGUCCCUUGCCGCGCCUGCCCACGCCGUGUUCAAGCGAGGCGAGAUCUUCAACCUUUACCAACUAGCCGUCAACUCCUUCAGCGACCAGACAACCAAGGACCUUUUCAGAAAAAAUUUGGAGCUCCUUUGGCGACCGGCUGGGCCGUUGCCGAUUUCCACGGCCUAUUUCUCCCAGAUGGCUUCCGAGUAUGCCGCGAGGAUGCAGAGCUAUUUGGAUAAGGGAUUGGAUGAACAGGUGGCGGAUGCUUUGACCAGACUAUACCACUCUCACAAUAGCAAGGAGUAUCCCGUUGAGAAGGCUUACGUUGACGACUUUAUCAACAAGAUUGCCGCGACGAUGGAGGGCAAGUGA